AUGAAAGUAUGUAUGGACCCAGCCACGAAACGAUACCUGUGGGAUUCCUUAUGCAAAAUUCGAGAUAGCGGCAAGUGUAUUGUUUUAACUUCUCACAGCAUGGAAGAAUGUGAAGCCUUGUGCACUCGAAUAGCCAUUAUGGUCAACGGUAAUUUCAAAUGCCUUGGAUCCACACAGCAUCUUAAGAAUAAAUUCGCAGAGGGAUACACCUUAACCAUUAAACUAAAAAAAUUACCAGAGAGCGCUGGCCUGGUACAUGCAGAUACCGAACUAAUAGAAAAGUAUAUCAAGGAUCAUUUUCCACGUGCCCAUCUUAGAGAGAAACAUCAAGAAUUAUUAUAUUAUUAUAUAACGGACACUUCCAUGGCGUGGUCAACUAUGUUUGGCAUAUUAGAAAGGGCCAAACGAAGUGAUCUGAAUAUCGAAGACUAUUCUUUGGGACAAAGUAGUCUGGAACAGGUAUUCCUAACGUUUACAAAACACCAAAAUCCGGAAGGUGAUGAUGUCAAGAAAAAGAAUUAG